AUGAAUCCCAUUGGGGCGCCGUCGCGGCUGAAAGUCGAGCCCCGUCCCUACACGCCCGACUCGGAAAACGGCUAUCGCGCCGGCGAUGGCAAGAAGAUACACAAACACGAACUGCGCAUUCCGUACMUGGGCUUCCUACCCAACAGAGUCCGCAACCACUUCAUUGCCUCGGUGGGAGAGUUUAUCGGCACCUUCUUGUUCCUCUUCUUCGCAUUCGCUGCAACCCAAGUCGGCAACGCUGCUGCACAAGGUGGUCAGACCGGCAACAACAACACUCUUAGUCAGGUGCCCAACGCCGGUACUCUCAUCUACAUCUCCCUCGCCUUUGGGUUCAGCUUGGCUGUCAAUGCGUGGGUCUUCUUCCGUAUCAGCGGUGGUCUGUUCAACCCUGCUGUCACUCUCGGCAUGUUUCUCAUCGGCGCCCUGACAUGGCACCGCGCCGUCCUCCUCUUCAUCGCCCAGAUACUCGGUGGUAUCGCUGCGGCAGCGGUGGUCUCAGGACUGUUUGCCGGUCCGCUGAACGUGACAACCAGUAUCAAUGGCAGCACUUCCGUCACCCGGGGACUCUUCAUCGAGAUGUUCCUCACAGCCGAACUCGUGCUCACCAUCUUCAUGCUCGCGGCUGAGAAGCACAAGGGCACCUUCCUGGCUCCCUUGGGAAUUGGUCUGGCGCUCUUUAUUGCCGAGCUGGCCGGUGUCUUCUUCACAGGAGGCUCUCUUAACCCAACACGUUCGCUCGGCCCAUGUGUCGUCACUGGAAACUUCCCCACCGAACACUGGAUUUACUGGGUUGGUCCAUUGCUCGGAUCACUGGUGGCGGUCGGCUUCUACCACUUCAUCAAGACCCUGGAGUACGAGACCGCCAACCCCGGUCAGGACUUUAACGAGCACGAGCACGAGGCCUUUUCGUUCGAUGAGGAAAACACCGCCCGUGGAGCGGAUAUCACCCGCCCUGGUGUGGCUCUCACCCAGAAUCUCGAACUCAAGCCCACCGAGUCCAUUCCGAUGACGGAGAUGUCUAUCAAUCACAACCGUCUUAGCAAUGCCGGAGCCGCAUCUGUCAACAGCCCGCGCAGUCAGAACGGUCGACCAGUUACUCAAGGCAGUGAGACCAUCCAACCAWCGAAUCCCAACAGGCCUCCAAUUCGCAUGGAUGGCAGUGAGAGUGGAUACAGCUCCAAGGGCGGCGAAACACCGUACUUGCACGGUCCUGAUGCGGAGAGUGGGAACAUGAACGCCAAGCGAGAAUGA